AUGAGGUGUCGCCCAGGGGCGCUCGUGGUCAUUGCGUUGGAUUGCCGGUCCUUCUCAAAGAUGUGUCGCAACACACAUGGCCGUGAUUGGCUGCACCCAUACGGAAAUCGAGGUUAUGAUUUUGUCAGCUGUGGCAACAUUCUAGCAUCCCGUGUUGCGCUACUGUUGAUUCUGGCUUCAUGCCGGGCCCUGGUUUGGUUCCUCGAGCAGCCUUCCGGGUCUGCUUUGCCAGAUUUGCCUUGCGUGCAGUACGUAUGGUCCCAGAUUCAGGUCAUCACUACGACAUUUUACAUGGGAAUGUUUGGUGGUGCUACUCCCAAGCUGCACCGCAUUUGGUCGAACACGGAGCGCUUGGCCAAUGCUGUGGCGCAAAGAGCUGGGUACAUGUCCCGUGAGCAGCAAAACCAGUGCAUGGGUAAGACUGUGCGCAAGUAUACGGAUUCCAAGGGAGUGAAGAGGUGUGUGGGACUAAAGAAGGAGCUCAAACAGAGUCAGCGACCCGACCCAUUUAUCUUCCGAUGUUUCUCUGUGCUUGCUUGUUUUUUUUUUGUAGCUCCUUGA